AUGACAUCGACCCCGAAAAGUAAAUAAAGGAGAAGAGUCAAACCUGAGAAUCUCUCUAAGAAGUAGAAGGAAGACGAUGAAGAAGCGAACGAUGUACGCAUGGGGAUCGGCGAUUGUAAUCUUCAUAGUUCUUAUGAUCGUCACUCCCACCAUCCCUCAAUCUCAGGCUUACCACAAUUUCGCCGAUCAACGCUCCUUCUUCGGGAUUCCGAAUGCUUUAAACGUCAUCUCCAACUUCCCUUUCCUCAUCAUCGGCCUUAUCGGUCUCAUCCUCUGCUUUUACCCAGAAGAUUACUUCAGAUUUAGUUUGCGAGGUGAGAAAAUAGGAUGGACUUGCUUUUACGUUGGUGUGGCUUCUGUUGCUUUUGGAUCUUCUUACUAUCAUCUUCACCCAAACGAUGCUACUCUCCUCUGGGAUCGUCUUCCCAUGACUAUUGCUUUCACAUCAAUCAUGGCUAUAUUUGUAAUCGAGAGGAUUGAUGAGCAUAAGGGUACUUACUCCAUUGUUCCUUUGCUUCUUGCUGGUCUUGUUAGCAUUUUGUAUUGGAGGUUUUUUGAUGACCUUAGGCCAUAUGCUUUAGUCCAGUUUGUUCCUUGCAUUGUCAUUCCGUUGAUGGCUAUUUUAUUGCCUCCAAUGUAUACUCAUUCUACGUAUUGGCUUUGGGCUGCAGGAUUUUAUCUCUUAGCCAAGGUGGAAGAAGCUGCGGAUAAGCCUAUAUAUAGCUGGACACAUCAUAUUAUUAGUGGGCACUCUCUGAAGCAUUUGUGUGCCGCUAUGGUCCCCGUCUUCCUUACCCUCAUGCUUGCGAAAAGAACCGUUCAAACUGAGAGGAUUAGCUUGUAUAAGACAUGGAAGAUAUCAUGGACGAGGAGUAGAGAGAAGGGACCCGAGGAAGAUAGGUUUGAGUAUAGCUACUCCAACGUUGCAGUCGAAGAGACUCGGUAGAUUAUUUUGGUACAAUGUAAGAUCAUCUUUUACUUUUGAUAGUUGUGUUUUAAGAUUAUUGGCUUAUAGAAUUAGAUAUAGGUGGUAGAGGUUGAUAAUCCAGUUGGGUACUAAUGUUACACCUUUUUCGUUAAUACUCGAGCUGUAAUCUUAUCAAAAUGCUACACUCUACCAUUCAUAAUGCCCCUUUGUUUUCUUA